UCCCGGAUGGAGGCGGGCCGCUCUCUAUAUAAGCGCCCCGCGUCCGCCUUGGCCUCCUCUCUCCGCGCCGCAGCUUCCUGGCUCACCGCUGUUCGCUGGGCCCGCACCACCCCUUGCCGCCCGGGAAUAAGUCGGCCAGGAAGGCCCUGCUGCCGCUAUGGCGUUUAAAGAUACUGGCAAAGCACCUGUGGAACAAGAGGUAGCGAUUCAUCGCAUUAGGAUUACUUUGACAAGUCGCAAUGUAAAAUCACUUGAGAAGGUCUGUGCUGACUUGAUCAGAGGUGCUAAGGAAAAGAACCUGAAGGUGAAAGGACCUGUUCGCAUGCCCACCAAGACUCUGCGAAUCACUACCAGGAAGACACCUUGUGGUGAAGGUUCCAAGACCUGGGAUCGUUUCCAGAUGCGUAUCCAUAAGCGGCUUAUUGACUUACACAGCCCUUCUGAAAUCGUGAAGCAGAUCACUUCCAUCAGCAUCGAGCCAGGUGUAGAAGUUGAAGUUACUAUUGCUGAUGCCUAAAUGAUGGUCAUCACUGAAUAAAGUUGAUUUACAAAUUUUUA